UUAACGUUUAUUUAAUUUUAGUUUCCAGCAGUUUCCUUUCCUUCUUCCUGUUGAGUCCCCAAUCACACAGAUUCUCUCUCUCUCUUUCUUCACUUUUUCUCUGUGUGUGUCCGUUGGAAACCAAACACUUCUCUCUCUCUCUCUCUCUUUCCUUCCUUUCUCUCUCAAUCUCAAUCACAAUUCACACAACACUCUCUUUUCUUUUUCCCUUCUGCACUCCCAUCUCUAUCUCACAAAUUCUUCUCAUUUUUCUUCUUCACCGUAUCAUGACCACACUUUUCAUCACAAUCACACACCACCACCAUUUACGGUUAUGAAUCCCCCCACUCAACCACAACCACCACCGCCACCACAACAACAACAACCACCGCCAUUACUACUUCAACCAAAUCGUCCUUCCACUUCCUGUCCAACUCAUCCUCAAGAGAUUUUCACCGGCUUUUGUCCUUCAUGUCUUUUCGAGCGUCUUUCACUUCUCGAUCCAAACAACAACGCUUCCUCCUCUUCCACUUCCACCACCCGAAAACCCCCAACUUCCUCCACCGCUGCCGCCGCACUUAAAGCCAUUUUCCGUCCCUCCACUUCCCAACGCAACAACAACAACAACCGUCCUCCUACUACCUCAUCUAAUUCCUUCUUCCCUGAGCUCCGCCGUACUAAAUCCUUCUCCGCCUCCAAAAACGAACUUUUCGCCGCUACAUUUGAGCCGCAGCGUAAAUCCUGCGACGUUCGAGGUCGUAGCACACUCUAUUCUCUUUUCAAUCAAGCCGACGAACGGAAAAUCCCCAAACCUGAACCACCAACUCUCCCUGAGGUAGAGACUGUUAUCAGAAAUCAAGCUUGUUCUUCUUCUUCUAACACUGUUCAACAACCAUUUAUCGAAGAAGACGACGAAGGAGAAGAAGAUACCAUUGUUGUUGAAGAUUCUGAAGGAGACGAAAUUAGGGUUUUGGAACCACCACAGCUUCAACAACGAGAACUAUCUAAUGUGAUUGAGGAGAGUUUUCACGAAAUUGUUGAAGAAGAACCCGAAUUUCAACCAGAACGUGAACCAGAGUUAGUUUUUGCUGAAGAGGAAUCGUUGAAGCCGAUGAAAGAGCAUAUGGAUCUAGAUGCGAAGAAAAGUUCAGGUCGAGAUUUAAAGGAAAUUGCUGGAAGUUUUUGGUCGGCAGCUUCUGUUUUCAGUAAGAAGCUUCAGAAAUGGAGACAGAAGCAGAAAGCCAAGAAGAGAGGUCCACGAAACGGUGCCGUUUCGGGUUCCUCGGCGCUUUUACCGGUGGAGAAGCCAAUCGGCCGCCAAUUUCGAGAAACUCAGUCGGAGAUCGCUGAUUAUGGCUUUGGCCGGCGUUCAUGUGAUACUGAUCCGCGGUUCUCGCUUGAUAUUGCUCGCAUGUCGUUCGAUGAUCCCCGAUACUCGUUCGAUGAGCCACGAGCUUCUUGGGAUGGUUAUUUAAUUGGAAAGACAGUUCCCAGAAUGCCCUUACCUACUAUGCUGUCUGUGGUUGAAGAUGCUCCAGUUCAUGUUCUAAGAACUGAUUCACUUAUACCUGUUGAGGAGCCACCACUUUUGAAUGAGAAUGGUGAAGAGAAUGUAAAUUUUCCUGGUAAUCAAACUCAGACUAAAGAGUAUUACUCUGAUUCUUCAACCAGGAGAAGGAAGAGUCUUGAUAGGUCUAGUUCUAUUAGGAAAACUGCUGCUGCUGUUGUUGCUGAAAUGGAUGAAUUGAAACCUGUUUCUAAUGCUAAGGUUACUCCUGCUACUGCUAGUGUUAAUGCUAGUGUUAAUGUUGGUGUUAAUGCUAAUGUUGCUGGUGUUGAUUAUUUAUUACACGGUCAGAAAGUUGUUGAUAGGGAUUUGAGGGAUUACUCAAAUUCUAAUUCUAAUUCGAAUAAUUCCUUGAGGGAUGAUUGUUCUGAGAGCUUUGAAUUGGGGGGUUUUAGAGAUAAUGCUUCUGUUGUUGGGAGUAAUAAUGUUGGUGGUGAUCGUAAAGGAGGGUCUAAGAAGAGUUCGAGUAGAUGGAAAGCAUGGAGUAUUUGGGGUUUUAUACAUCGUCGUGGUGGGGGGAAUAAUAACAAAGAGGAGGAAGAUGAUAGGUGUAGCAGUAGAGGUGGUAACUGUAACGGGGUGGAGCGUUCUUACUCGGAGUCAUGGCAGGAGUUUAGAGGGGAAAGGAAUGGGGAUGUUAGAGGUGGUGUUGGAAUUGGUAGUAUUGGUGGUGGUGGUAAUGGUUUCAAUAGGAAGAUGCUGAGGAGCAAUAGUAGUGUGAGUUGGAGGAAUGCGCCGAGCAUGGGAGGAGGAGGAAUUUUUAGCGGCAGGAAGAGUGAUGUUCAAGGUAGUAAUGGGUAUCUUGGAAGAAAGGGAAGGGAUGAGUUUGUGUUGGAGCGGAACAGGAGUGCGAGAUAUUCUCCUACCAACAACAUGGAUAAUGGUCUCUUGAGGCUCUACUUAACGCCUGGCAGCCGGAGAAAUGGUGCUUCGAAAGGAAGGUCCAGUCAGGCACAUUCUAUUGCUAGAAGUGUACUUAGGUUGUAUUGAAAGAAAAAAAUAAACAAAAAAUUGAAGUUCCAUAAGGUGUUCUUUGGUUUCAUGUUGUUACAUUUGCUGCAUUUCUUGUGUAAAACUCACAAAUGGCUAUGUAUUCUUCAUGGUUGGUUGGUUGGAUUGGAUAAAAAUACUCCUGCAUUUUUCUUUUA